GCUCUCUCCAUCUUGCAUGCGCUUUCAUUGAUCACCACCCUUUUGACUUUAAUCAGUGAUCAAAGUAUCUCUCAAGAUAUCUUAUUGCACAGCGACAACGCCUAUCAAGCCGGCACGAUGGGCGCUCUUCUUUCUAUCCCGUUGCUGGUUGUGCCUAGCAUGGGAACCAUUUUUACUUUCGCGGCAAGCUGCUGUGGUGCGGCCACUUGUUCUGCAGUCUUCGGUGCCUGUGGAAAGUGCGGAAACAGCGUUGCCACUCGAAUUGCCUACGCCCUCAUCCUUCUCAUCAACUCCAUCCUAUCAUGGGUUAUGCUCACACCAUGGGCAAUCAAUAAGCUGCAACAUUUGACGUUGGAUUACAUGACAAUCAAGUGUCCAGAUGGUCCUUGCCAUGGAUGGGUUGCAGUGCACCGAAUCGGUUUCGCUUUGGGGCUCUUCCAUAUUAUAAUGGGUGUGCUCCUUCUCGGCGUUGAGACUUCGAAGAAUCCUCGGGCCAAUAUACAAAACGGGUUUUGGGGACCGAAGAUUCUCGCCUGGCUGGCCUUGAUCGUUCUGUCGUUCUUCAUUCCAGAGUCAUUCUUCUUUGUUUGGGGAAAGUACAUCUCAUUCGCUGGAGCGACUCUCUUCCUUCUCCUUGGCUUGAUUCUCUUGGUCGACCUUGCGCACACCUGGGCCGAGUACUGCCUUGCACAAAUUGAAGCAACUGACUCCCGCGCUUGGAGAGGCAUUCUUAUCGGCUCAACCCUUGGCAUGUACGCGGUUUCUGUUGCAAUGACGAUUGUCAUGUACAUCUUCUUUGCGAAAAGCGGUUGCUCGAUGAACCAAACAGCCAUCACGCUCAACUUAAUCUUCUUCUUGGUUGUCUCUUUCAUCUCCGUUCACCCAGCAAUCCAGGAAUACAACCCGAAAGCUGGUCUCGCCCAAUCAGCCAUGGUGGCAAUCUACUGCACCUACCUUACCAUGUCAGCUGUUUCCAUGGAGCCGGAUGACCGCCAAUGCAACCCUCUGAUUCGAGCACAAGGCACUCGAACCACUUCAAUCGUUAUUGGCGCAAUUGUCACAAUGUUGACAGUCGCCUACACUACAACCAGAGCGGCUACCCAAGGUGUUGCUCUCGGAGGAAAGGGCCACAUCAAACUCCCUGAUGAUGAUGAGCACAGUCUCGUCACUCAACAACCAGACAGCCGCCGUGAGAUGCGAGCUGCAGCCCUUCGUCAAGCCGUUGAUGAAGGAAGUCUCCCUGCCGAUGCCCUCUUGGACGACGACGACGACGAAAGUGACGGAGGAAACACUGCCAAGGACGACGAACGUACUUCAACACAAUACAACUACGCCCUCUUCCACCUCAUUUUCUUCCUGGCCACGACUUGGGUUGCUACGCUUCUUACGAUGCAGACCGAGGAUGCAACCAACAGCGACGAGUUUGCGCCGGUAGGAAGGACUUAUUGGGCAAGUUGGGUCAAGAUCAUUAGCGCAUGGGUUUGCUACGGUAUCUACACAUGGACCUUGGUUGCGCCGAUUGUCUUGCCUGAUCGAUUCGACUUUUCAUAAACGGAGCGAAGGCAAGACUGCUUGUUUUAUUAGCUGUUGUAUUAGAAUUCCUGCAUUUGUCUAUGCACCACGUUGCGUACUUUUCCGAAGAAAUGAAUACACUUUGAAGACAGUGCUUGUAGUAGAGAAAUCAAAGUCACUAGUGACUGAAUGAAACAGCUACCAGUCGAAC